AUGGCAACAAUGUUUGGGUCUACCAGUCCUUCAUUCUACUGUACACGUACAACUGCGAAAAAGACAGACAUCAAGACCCUCAACGAUGAUAAGAAGAUGACGCCAUCUGAAACCCCAACAAGCGCUGGGUUAAAAACUAAUGGCACCAAACCGAAAUCCAGAGUCAAAGCACAGAGUCUUUCUCUGCAAGCUCCAUCGCUUAACACAACUACUACAGAUGUUAUCGCACGAACAGCCCAGAUCGAUGACUCCGAAGCUGAACUUCAAGCCAUCCGAAAUGUACUAGAGGGUUUGGAAAAUAUUACUGUGUCAUCAGACCCAUGCAACGAGACCAUUCUUGAUUCUCUGCAGCAAGUGCAAAUAGAGCCGAUAUGUUUUUACAAUGGCCCUUACCAAGAGUUUGCAAUUGUGCUGGAUGCAAUCAGCAUGCGGAGUGAUUUUCUGUACUGUCUUGCAAAAAUGACAUAUUUUCCACAAAUGAUGACCCUCAUCAUAUACUCUCUGCACCCAAUCCAUGACCAAAUGACUAGCGAGAUCGCAUCUGCGGUCUCGAGCGCACUUCGUGGCAUCUCAUACAAGCGAUCCUUACUGAUGAUCAAUGUCAUACCCGGUCGCAUCUCGUCCAAAGAAAUAUUCACCAUCCCUGAUCUGCAGAUCACGCUGACCACCACCAAGAGGCCAUCAGCGACCCAGGUUCUGUGGUACGUGGAGACCGCAUUUACCCAGACCAAGUGUAUGGUGUUGGGAAAAAUAGAAAAAGUCAUCGCCUCCCACCACGAGGUCGCAUGUGUCCUAUUCAUCCUCAUAUCAGAGCAUUCAAAAUACAAAUCACCUGCUGACGAUUCCGCUACUUAUGGUGAAGCACUUGCAGAUAAAGCCGUGCGGCCGUACACCUUCUUUGCACCAGAGCGGGAGCCAGACAAGCUGUUUGGUCUUGUUCACACGAUGGAUUACACCUGGAUCGAUGUCUCUAAAAUUGAAUAUUUCGUCUGGAUAAAGCCAGACGACAGGCCCAUUGACAUCAAAUUUCCUCAUACAGCUUAUGGAACCAUCUUUCCGAAUCUUAACAUGGACCAGAUCAAUGACGCCUUGAACAUUGGCCUGGACAAAGUUAGAGCAGAGAUGACCAACACUUUGGACUUUAUGGAACCUGGCGUCGACCACCAUCAUGUACUUACACCAAGCAGCAUUGCAUUUGACCGGGAUUCAGAUCUCACCUACAUGUCAGUUUCUAUCUACAGGACAGCCCACUUCCGGUACUGCGACUGGUACCAUCGCCAAUUCACUGGCACCAAACAUUGUCGUGCAACCAGUGGCGCUGGCAGGCAUGACGCUAACUCAGAGAGACCAUCUACCAGAUGGGCGAUCCUGUCUGAGGCUGAUGAGGAGAGACCCUCAACCAGUGGAUUGGCCAGUAGCUCAGGCAGUACGUCAACCAGCACUUUGGGUAGUACAUCAGCCAGCACUUUGGGCAGUUCUGUGGAUGACGGUGGGGUGAGCGCUGCUACUACUAGCAUUGCUGUUUUGUCUGCAGUAGUAGAUGACAAUAGCACCGAGAUGGAGAGGCCUUCCAUUGCGCUCACUACACAUGUGUAA